UUUAGCCCCCAGGAUACCUUCACUAUCUUAUCUUACUGUCAAUUUUUCUUCUCAUUUUAUAUUUCGAAUUUCAAAUGGAUGUAAAUGUCACAAUUUUCCCUCUUCUCCUUGUCAUUGCCCUUGUCAUUGUGCUUGUCCUUGACGAGAUGGGUCGAAGCGUAAGACAUGAUCGUCUUAUUUAUUCUUUUUUGUCCUUUUUUUUUUUUCUCUUUCUUCCAGAUGAGAACGCGGUUUGGGGGGGGUCCUGUUAGAUUUUAUAGCCAAUUAACUAUGGUCUGGGGGGUGUAUGUACCAGAUUGUAUGGAUUCUUUUCCUUUUCCUUUUUCUUUUAUUUAUUGUUGCCGUCGCUGGUCGUCCGUCCGCAAUACUCUCUCUCUCUCUCUCUCUUUCCUUACUGUUAUCAUUAUUGGUAUUCUCGUUUUCAUUACCAUAUUCAGCACUGUCGUUGCAAAAAAUCUCGUUUAUCGUUAUUCUGGAGUUAGAUAGUUAGAUAGGUAUACUAUCUAGAUUAUAUUAUGCAAUUCAAUCAUCA